AUGGGGGGUCAUACUGCAGUGGUGUGUUCGGUUCUGCUGGCCCUAUGCGGUGUGCUACUGCUCAGAGGAGGGGAGAGCGCAGGAGGCAUAGUCUCUAUAGGCCAGGCUGUGGAGAAGAGAUGGAUGGACGGAGGAAUGGAGGCCCUACAUGGAGAGGAGUCCCAGGAUGAGCCGGCUAAAGAAGAGGAGCUCACAGAAACACAAAGGCAGACUGGCAAGGCAAAGAGAGCCACAGAGGAAGAAGCCGUACCAGGUAAGAACAAAGCCAACGUACCUAUUAUAAUACAUGUUACUAAGUGUAGAGAUAGGACCCACUGGUAGGUCCCAAUUGAGUUGUGGCUAGAAACAUGGAUGGUUUUAUCUACUUGGUGGGUCUCAAGAAAAAAACUGUUUUGGAAACAAUUACACCAGUGUUCUUAUAUCUUAGUCCUGGAGACUCACAGGGUGUGCAGGCCUUUGUUCCAGCCCAGCAAUAACAUACCUUAUCAACUAAUGAUCAAACCAUUAAUAGUAAAAUCAUCUACAUCGUCUGGUUGUUGGGCUGGAACAGAUGCCUCCUUCCAGGAGCAGGACUGGAGAACAUGAUGUUACAUCGUCAGACAGGGGACAGGGCACAUAGGACAGGGGAUAAGGCACAGGAGACAGGGCAGGUGGAGGAGGAAGAUGAAUGGAGAGCGUUGGUUUGGAAAGAAGCCGUCGGUUUCCUGAAUUACCCAGGCACUGUUCAGUCACUAUGACCUGUCCAACAGUACACACACACACACAUACACCACACACACCACUCUCACCUGUUUGUCUCCAGCUCACAAAAUCAAAUCACAUUUUAUUUGUCACAUGCGCCGAAUACAACAAGUGUACACUUAACCAUGAAAUGCUUACUUACGAGCCCAUUCCCAACAAUGCAGUUAAAAAGUAAGACAAUUAGCAAAUAGAUAAAAAGAAAAUAGUAACACAAUAAAAUAACAAUAACAAGGCUAUAUACAAGGAGUACCGGUACCGAGUCAGUGUACUGGGGUACGAGGUAGUUGGGAUGAUUUAUUGAGGUAAUAUGUACAUGUAGGUUUGGUUAGGUGAUUGAUUGAUUGAAGUAUUAUGUACAUGUAGGUAGGGGUGAAAAGCAGAAAGUCCGGGUAGCCCUUUGAUUAACUGUUCAGCUUUGGGGUAGAAGCUUUUCGGUCCCAGACAUGGCGCUCUGGUACCACUUGCCGUGCAGUAACAGAGAGAACAGACUGUACUUGGGUGGUUGGAGUCUUUGACUAUUUGUAGGGCCUUCCUCUGACACCGCCUGGUAUAGAGGUCCUGGAUGACAGGGAGCUCGACCCCAGUGAUGUACUGGGCCGUACGCACUACCCUCUGUAACGCCAAUACCAAGCAGUGAUGCAGCCAGUCAAGAUGCUCUCAAUACAUUUUAGUCAUUUAGCAGACGCUCUUAUCCAGAGCGACUUACAGGAGCAAUUAGGGUUAAGUGCCUUGCUCAAGGGCACAUCAACAUAAUUUUCACCUAGUCGGCUCGGGGAUUAGAACCAGCGACCUUUCGGUUACUGGCACAACGCUCUUAACCACUAAGCUACCUGCCGCCCGGUGCAGCUGUAUAUCUUUUAGAGGAUCUGAGGGCUCAUGACAAAUCUUUGCCGUGCCCUCUUCACGACUGCUGGUGUGUUUGGACCAUGAUAGGACCUUAGUGAUGUGGACACCGAAGAACUUGAAGCUCUUGACCAUCUCCACUACAGCCCUGUCGAUGUGAAUGGGGGCGUGUUCGGCCCUUCGUUUCCUGUAGUCCACGAUCAGCUUCUUCGUCUUAAUGAAGUUGAGGGAGAGGUUGUUAUCCUGGCACCACACUGCCAGGUCUCUGACCUCCUCCCUAUAGGCUGUCUCAUCGUCAUCGGUGAUCAGGCCUACCACCGUCGUGUCGUCGGCAAACUUAAUGAUGGUGUUGGAGUCGUGCUUGGUGACGCAGUCGUGGGUGAACAGGGAGUACAGGAGGGGGCUAAGCACGCAUCUCUGAGGGGCCGCUGUGUUGAGGGUCAGCGUGGCGGAGUUGUUUUUGCCUAUUUUCACCACGUCCAUCUGAAAGUCCAGGAUCCAAUUGCAGAGGGAGGUGUUUAAUCCCAGGUUCCUUAGCUUAGUGAUGAUCUUGGAGGGCACUAUGGUGUUGAACGCUGAGCUGUAGUCAAUGAACACCAUUCUCACGUAGGUGUUCCUUUUGUCUUUCGUCAUACCCAUCUGGACCAUUUCUCUUGGCCUAGACCAGAGCAGAGUAGAGCAGAGCAAAGUAUACCUGGGACUGAGACUGGGACUGGGACUGAGACUGGGGAAGAUUCAGUCUGCUGCUGCAGUAACAGACCUGGCUGAGACUGGGACUAGGACUGAGACUGAGACUGGGACUGGGACUGGGACUGGGACUGGGACUGAGACUGGGGAAGAUUCAGUCUGCUGCUGCAGUAACAGACCUGGCUGAGACUGGGACUAGGACUGAGACUAGGACUGAGACUGGGACUGGGACUGGGACUGGGACUGGGACUGAGACUGGGGAAGAUUCAGUCUGCUGCUGCAGUAACAGACCUGGCUGAGACUGGGACUAGGACUGAGACUGGGACUGGGACUGGGACUGGGACUGGGACUGAGACUGGGGAAGAUUCAGUCUGCUGCUGCAGUAACAGACCUGGCUGGGCUCUGAGCUGAGCAUCUUGCAGACAGAUUUGUAUAUUCAACUUUAAUUUUCCACUGACUGUGCUGUAAUCAUGGGUGAACAGUGACCACAGAACCCCGCUCUACAGUGGAAGGAAUCACGCUCUGAGACAGAGAUGAUGAUGAAGUGCUAAUUAUAAAGUACAUUUGUUUCCGAGUUUCACAGCUUAAAAUCGAGUAAACUUCAGCACACACACCUGUUAGUUGAAUCAGUCCCAUUUCCAAAUUGGGUUGCACUAAAACCUUGUAUUUCCAUGGUCAUUUAGUUAGUAGGUACUGUGUAACUACACUGAACAAAAAUAUAAACACAACAAGCAACAAUUUCUAAGAUUUUACUGAGUUACAGUUCAUAUAAGGAAAUCAGUCAGUUGAAAUAAAUUCCUUAGGCCCUAAUCUAAGGAUUUCACAUGACUGGGAAUACACAGGGCUAGCCCGCUCAUUAGGCAGAUUUAGGCGGCUGCCUAUGGUGGCAGAUUGACGAGGGCUGCAUUUUCUGAGCUAAACUGACCAAGAUGCACCUCCAACAACACAUGAAACCUCACAUAAUUCUGCCCAAAAACAAUGUGAAUUUCUCUCAAACAGUGGCAUUUGGGCUUUUUAGGUGAUCGCUGAUGCCGCCCUGUGAUAAGCAGUUCCCACUUUGUGAAAGGCAGGGGCGCAAAAUGUUUUGAUUGUCUAUUCUCAGCGCGCCUCUCUGUUGGAGAGAAGCAUCGCUGCGGCGCUCCACCAACGUUCCGUCCAAAAGAUUAUCUAACAUAAAUCAUGUAGCAGAUAAAACAUGAGCCAUUCACAAUAAUUAAAACAAAAUGUCAAUAAAACUGUAGGCUAUUACACCACUUUUUAUUAUUACCCCAUAUCAGUGACAAAUGAGUGAAUGGACAUGGUAGGCUACACACCAGUAAGCACGGACCGACGUCAACGUCUACUGGAUGUCUUUUUUUGGUUCUGUCCGGACUGGACGUCUUUUUUUGGUGCAGUCUGGACCGGCCUUGAGUUCCAUGUCCAUGGACGUUGGUUUUUAGUCUGGUCCGGACCGAAUCUGAACCAAUCGUAGACGUCUAUGUUUGGUUCAGAUUUUGUCUGGUCUAGACCAGCCUUGAUUUGGCCCAAACAUAGACGUCUAUAAAUUAAGUCUUUUCAACUUUCAUUCAGAACCGAAAAUUAACCUGAUUUCAACGUCUGGAAAAUACGUAUUUUUAGGCAAUUUUUUGGUCUCGCCAAGGGCGGCGGAAUGGCCAGGACCGGCCCUGGGAAUUCAGAUAAAAUGUAGGGGCGUGGAUCAGAAAACCAGUCAGUAUCUGUUCUGACCACCAUUUGCCUCAUGUAGCACGACACAUCUCCUUCGCAUAGAGUUGAUCAGGCUGUUGAUUGUGGCCUGUGGAAUGUUGUCCCACUCCUCUUCAAUGGUUGUGUGAAGUUGCUGGAUAUUGGCGGGAACUGGAACGCGCUUUCGUACAUGUCGAUCUUGUGCAUACCAAACAUGCUCAAUGGGUGACAUGUCUGGUGAGUAUGCAGGCCAUGGAAGAACUGACAUACUUUUCCAGCGUACCAGUGGCCAUCGAAGGUGAGUAUUUGCCAACUGAAGUCGGUUACGAUGCCGAACUGCAGUCAGGUCAAGACCUUGGCACAGAUGAGCUUCCCUGACACCGUUUCUGACAGUUUGUGUAGAAAUUAUUUGGUUGUGCAUACCCACAGUUUCAUCAGCUGUCUGGGUGGCUGGUCUCAGACAUCCCGCAGGUGAAGAAGACAGAUGUGGAGGUCCUGGGCUGGCAUGGUUACACGAGGUCUGUGGUUGGACACUGCCAAAUUCUCGAAAACAACGUUGGAGGCGGCUUAUAGUAGAGAAAUGAACAUUCAAGUCUCUGGGAACAGCUCUGGUGGACAUUCCUGCAGUCAGCAUGCCAAUUGCACGCUCUCAAAACUUGAGACAUCUGUGGCAUUGUGCUGUGUGAAAAAACGGCACAUUUUAGAGUGGCCUUUUAAUCAAAUCAAAUGUAUUGGUCACAUACACAUGGUUAGCAGAUGUUAUUGCGAGUGUAGCGAAAUGCUUGUGCUUCUAGUUCCGACAGUGCAGCAAUAUCUAGCAAGUAAUAUCUAACAGUUCCACAACAAAUACCUAAUACACACAAAUCUAAGUAAAGGAAUGGAAUAAGAAUAUAUAAAUAUAUGGAUGAGCAAUGUCAUUGUCAGAGUGGCAUAGGCUAAGAUGCAAUAGAUAGUAUAGAAUACAGUAUAUACAUAUGAGAUGGGUAAUGCUAUAUAAACAUUAAAGUGGGAUUAUUAAAGUGACUAGUGUUCCAUUUAUUAAAGUGGCUUUCUUCUGCACAGGACACCGUCAUCUCCCAUCCGCCACACACAGCCUGUCUGCCAGACGUUAGCUCAGUUGUGCCCCCUGCUAGUGAUGCUGUCUGGCAGACAGCCCCCUUCCUGUUAUACACCUGUCUGGACCGGGCUCUCCUCAUAUCGGAGAGGAGAGAGAGAUGAGAGAGAGAGAGAGAGGAGGAGAGAGAGGAGAGAGCGAGAGAGAGAGAGAGGAGCGAGAGGGAGAGAGAGAGAGAGAGAGAGAGAGAGAGAGAGAGGAGAGAAGAGAGAGAGAGAGAGAGAGUAAGAGAGGAGAGAGAGAGAGAGAGAGAGAGAGAGAGAGAGAGAGAGAGAGAGAGAGCAAGAGAGAGAGAGAGAGAGAGAGAGGAGAGAGAUAAGAGAGAUAUAGAGCAGGAGAGAUAUCGAGAGUAGAGUCUCAUACUAGAUAGAGAGAUAGAGCUCUCUAUAUCCUAUCUAUCUCUCACUAUCCCUCUCUCUCUCUCUCUCUCUUCUCUCUCUUCUCUCUCUUUCUCUCUCUUCUCUCUCUCUCUCUCUCUCUCUCUCUCUUCCAUCUCUCUCUCGCUCUAUCUCUCUCUCUCUCUCUCUCUCUCAUAGCAGAAAGUUGGUGUUGAUUUAUAGCCAUUGUUUUAAUGCCAUAUUGUCAUAUCAAUUUUAACAUUUUCAUUACAUUUACAAUUGAUUCAUUUAGCAGACGCUCUCGUCCAGAGCGACUUACAGUUAGUGAGGCCUAUAGGAGUGGUAGAUGCUGUAAGGCCUCAUAUUGCGCCCUCAGGGGUUAACAUGAUCAAGUUUAUUCCCUUUCCAUUGCUCCGUCGUCUAUCUACAAGCCCGGGUCAGGAGAGCCCCAGAGGAGGAUGGCAAAGGGAAGAAAAAGAAGGGCAAGAAGGACAAGAAGAACAAGGAGUCUAAAGCAGCCAAAAAGCCGAAGGAGAAGGGAGGCCGCCGCGGCAAAGACAAGGAGCCACGGACAGAAGCACCAACAACUCCACCACCGACCACUACCACACUACCACCGACCACUACCACAGAGGUGUACACAGAACCAGGUAAUUUAGUUACACACCACUCUAGUUAAAGGUCCAAUACAGACGUUUUCAUCUCAGUAUCAAAUCAUUUCUGGGUAACAAUUAAGUACCUUACUGUGAUUGUUUUCAAUUAAAAUGGUCACAAAGAAACAAAAACAGCUUCUUAGCAAAGAGCAAUUUCUCAAGCAAUAAUUUUGCUAGGACUGCCUGGGAGUGUUCUGAGUGGGGAGGGGAAACUGACAAUUAGGUGUUAUUGGCAGAGAGGUUUGGAACUCUUAUUGGUUUAUUAACUAAUUGGCAGGCCAAAACUCCAUCCAACCUAAACAGGCUGAUAUUUCAGGCAGUGUUUUUAAACAGCUCUUACGCUAAAAGUAAAUCGUAAUUUUCACAAUUUCACAGUAUUAUUCCAACCUCAUAGUGUGUAAAUACUGUAUAUAUAAAACACAGGAAAAUCACAUUUUUGACCGUACCGGUUCUUUAAGACAGACUAGAAUUGGUAAAUUAGAUAUGAAAUGCUUUGUAUUGUGUGAUUCGCUAAGUUGUUUGUAAGACUGUGCUCUCUGUUCCCUCUGAAGCUCCCACAGAACCUGACCCAUACCCAGACUUUCCCUAUUCAGACAGCGGUGAGUGCAGAUGUUAUCACAUAAUUUCUCUGAAGCUGGUGCCUCAGUGUUCUAAUACCAAUCAAAAUGUUGAUCUUAUUUUUACCAUUGAAAAGUAUAUGGAUUUUCUCCACAAUAAUAAUGUUACAUCUACUGACCCAUGUUCCUCUGAUAGAGGAUGAGUACUGGAACCCUGAUGAUGAUAAGCCAGCCACCCCAGAGACCGACUCAGAGGAUGAGUACUGGAACCCUGAUGAUGAUAAGCCAGCCACCCCAGAGACCGACUCAGAGGACGAGUACUGGAACCCUGAUGAUGAUAAGCCAGCCACCCCAGAGACCGACUCAGAGGACGAGUACUGGAACCCUGAUGAUGAUAAGCCAGCCACCCCAGAGACCGACUCAGAGGACGAGUACUGGAACCCUGAUGAUGAUAAGCCAGCCACCCCAGAGACCGACUCAGAGGACGACUACUGGAAAGGAAAGGAGGAGGAGCCUGCAGGCCCAGUGGUCGACCCAGAAGAUGACUAUUGGAAUGGAGAGGACCCGACGGCCACACCCCCCACUCUUGUGGUGGAUGGAGAGGUGGACACGGGAGAUGAAGACUACUGGGACGCUAAAUGUAUGUUUCACCCUCAGUUUCCUAAAAUAACUGACUGAAUGACUGACUGACUGAAUGGAUGGAUGAAUGAAUGGGACAAAGAAAUCAACACCUGUAAAAUGUAAUUUUGAAAUAACUUUAAUAGUCAUUUCCAAGUAGUUAGUAAAGUAUUUUACAUACUAGCUAUUAGUUUAUAUGUUUAUAACAGCACACGCUGAACAAUUUGGCCUUGUGCAUUUCUUCUCCAGCUCCUCUCUAUAUCAAACCCAAAAAUUAUGAUAUUUGCCACCUGGAGUCUUUAACCCAGGGUUUCCCAAACUCGGUCCUCGGGACCCCAAGGGGCGCACGUUUUGGUUUUUGCCCCAGCACUACACAGCUGAUUAAAAUAAUUAAACUAAUCAUCCAGCUUUGAUAAUUUGAAUCGGCUGUGUAGUAUUAGGGCAAAAAACUAAACGUGCGCCCCUUGGAGUCCAGAGGACCGAGUUUGAGAAAUGCUGCUUUAACCAAUGAGUCAGGUUUUCCACCUCAUAUGAUGGAAAGAUCAUCUCAUGUGAAGGUCUGUCAGUGACAUUCAUAGCAAAGCUCAGCUCAUCUGUACUUUGUGUGAUAGCUACAACAGGUUUUCAUUACGUUACUGUGUCCAUAUUUCCACUACUGUUUUACUCUACCAUUUCUCCAUAUUUCCACUCCUACAGUAUCUUACUCUCCAGUACCCCUCUAUUUCGCUCCAUUAUCACUCCAUCAUCUCUCUCCGUUCUCAUCCUCUAAUUUCUCUUCUUCCUCUCUACUCGUACUUCUUCAUCCGUCUCCUUCCUUCCUCACUCUCAUCUUCCUCUUUUAACUCACUCUCAUCUUCCUCUUUUAACUCACUCUCUUCAAUCUUGCUCUCUCAUUCUCUCAUUCUCUCACUCUUUCACUCUCUCAUUCUCUCACUCUUUCACUGUCUCAUUCUUUAAUUCUCUCACUCUUUCACUCUCUCAUUCUCUCUCACUCUCAUUCUCUCACUCUUUCAUUCUCUCAUUCUGUCUCAUUCUCUCAUUCUCUCUCAUUAUCUCACUCUGUAAUUCUCUCACACUCAGUCUCUCACUCUCAUUCUCUCAAUAUCUCACUCUCUCAAUCUCUUACUCUCUCAUUCUCGUAUUCUCUCAUUAUCUCAUUCUCUCUCAAUCUCUAACUCUCUCACUCUCUCCGUUCUCCAAUAACAGACGAGGUGCCCGAGAAUCUUCCUUUCCCUGACGGUAAAGAGGUCGUCCCCACAGAGAAAGAUGACUGGAGCUACGCUGUCACAGGUAACUUACAUAAUUAAAUCAAUCAAUGAAUCAAUCAAUACAUAAAUUGAUCUCACUCAAGCGGUCAGUCAGUCAUUCACAGAAAUUUGACCAUCACUGUAUUGGAAGAUUACUGUAUUACUGUAAUAUCAAGGCCUUUAGUUAAAUAGCUGUAGCUUCAGAGAACUUUGGAAAGCAUACAUAAAACCAAAGAGAGUCUCUCUGUGAUGUUGUUUAGUCAAAAGAGAAUAGUACUACCUGACAGGUUUCUGUGGUUUUGCCAGGGCAGUUAUGUCCCACUGGGCACAGACAUCAGUUCAAUGUCUAGUGGUCCUCUGUAGCUCAGCUGGUAGAGCACAGUGCUUGUAACGCCAGGGUAGUGGGUUCGAUCCUCGGGACCACCCAUACACAAAAAUGUAUGCACACAUGACUGUAAGUCGCUUUGGAUAAAAGUGUCUUCUAAAUGGCAUAUUUAUAUUAUAGUUUGGAUUUACAUUUGAAUGAGUUGUCAACUAACGUUAAUUCAACGUGAAAUCAAUAAAACAUUUAAUCCUGUCAUUGUAUUUAUAGUAGGUUAAAAGUUGGGUGAAAAAAAAGACAAACAUUCUAAAAAUGUCUUUAUGUUGAUGACUUUUUGCAAAUCCAAUCAGUUUUCCACGUUGAUUCAACGUCAUCACAUAUAAUUUUUUUGUUGAAAUGACGUGGAAACAACAUUGAUUCAACCAGUUUGUGCCCAGUGGGGUGGUACUGCUGAAUCAAUGCAGAAACAAUGUGCUACCCAGGCUACAGUAUACUAAGACUAUUCUAACGUUGUGUUUUCUCCGUCUGAUACAGAGGACUCUGUUACACCGCCACCCACCUAUGUAAGCCCAUGGUACGAGGAGUACGACUACGGAUAUAGUGGUGGACAGAGUAUGUACACAUGUACGCAUGCACACACGCACGCACACACAAUGAACUGUAACAUUAACCGUAGGCCUUGGCCAAAUCUCCAAUAUAAAUAUGUUUUUCAUUUCAAUGGGACCCUGCGGUGAAUUCAAGAUUAGAUAGACACAAUAAAGAAUUUGACCUUUACCACAGAGUCAAAGUAAUGGGCCUACACUCUCUCAUUCCCCACAAGAAUGAACAAGAGAAGUGUAUAAUUGUCAGACUGUUUCAAUUAUAUGGUCUGUUAUUUUCUUCAUAAGUUUGGGUUUAGCAAUACUUUGCCAGCUGAUGUUACAAACUGCCAAAUAAUAAGACCAAGUAACGGAAUAUAAAAACAGUCAGGACAAGAGAUUAUUAAACCCUUCUUCAAACACUAUCAUGUUUAUGGUUAUGUGGCAAACAUGAAGAAAAAGUUCAAGAAUGCUUUGUGUACACAUAUUAUGAUUGAUUAUCUGUCAGAUAGAAUAGGGAAUCAUGACAGCUGUUUGUUAUUCUAUCUGCAACGUUUUGAAUGUUUCACAUCACCCCACUGAAUAUACCCCACAGUAUUUACUGUUACGUGUAACGGGGAUGUUAGGUAAAUGGAUUCACCCUCGUCCCGAGUGGCGCAGUGGUCUAAGGCACUGCAUCGCAGUGCUAGCUGUGCCACUAGAGAUCCUGGUUUGUAUCCAGGCUCUGUCGUAGCCGGCCGCGACCGGGAGACGCAUGGGGCGGUGCACAAUUGGUCCAGGGUAGGGGAGGGAAUGGCCGGCAGGGAUGUAGCUCAGUUGGUAGAGCAUGGCGUUUGCAACGCCAGGGUUGUGGGUUCGAUUCCCACGGGGGGCCAGUAUGAAAAAUAAUGUAUGCACUCACUAACUGUAAGUCGCUCUGGAUAAGAGCAUCUGCUAAAUGACUAAAAAUGUAAAUGUAAUUCAUCCAUUAAAGUUUUUCACUCCUUUGUUUACCACAGCGAAAAAACAGGAGGAGGAGGAGGAGAGAGAGAGACAAAGGAAAGAAAAGGAGAGAGAGGAUAGAGGUAUGACGCACAGCAUGUUUUCAUUAUCAUCUGAAUGACUGUGAUCUGUCUGUCUGUCUGUCUGUCUGUCUGUCUGUCUGUCUGUCUGUCUGUCUGUCUGUCUGUCUGUCUGUCUGUCUGUCUGUCUGUCUGUCUGUCUGUCUGUCUGUCUGUCUGUCUGUCCGUCCGUCCGUCCGUCCGUCCGUCUAUCCUAGGCUUCACAUCAUACUGUAAUAUUUGACAUGACAUUUAUAUUUUGGUAAUUUAGCCGUAAGCCAAAAAUAUUUUUGGUAAUUCUUAUGCAGAGCGACUAACAAUCAGUGCAUUCAAUUAAGGUAGGUAAAACAACCACACAUUGCAACAAGUAAUACUUAGUAACACUGCAAUGCCAAACAUUGUACUGUCAAAGCUCCCAUCAGAUGAACAUAUGACCCACAGAUAGAACAUGUCAUGUUACUCACAGAUUCAUGUACUGGAGAUUUAUCAGUCCCACGUGGUUCACGGUUCCACUAAAAGCCCAAUAGAAAGAAAACACAGAUGUUAGUCUCUGCCUGGGCUUCACUUGCUAAGAUUUGCAGACAAGGGACAAAAGUUUAUUCUCUCCAGAACAGGACAAAUCUCAACCGUAGAAAUGUGUUGUAAAGGAAGUUAGGAAAGGAAGGCCUGGGGUAGAGUGAUAACUUGUACUGUUGCAUGGGAUAACUUUUUGAAUUAUUUAUGAGCUGGAGUGGAGCAGAGAAAGACGGAGAGAUGGGGCAACCAAGAGAGGUUACAGGACUAAAAGGAACGAUGGAGGAAAAGAGAAGAAAACAAGAUAAGGGAUAGAAACAGAGGAGCAUAUUAGAGAGGUGAGGGAGAAAGGGAGAGAUGAAGAUCUGAACAUUCAGGAUGAGAACCAACAGCUGUUGCCACAUGUUCCGGUCUCUUUCUGUACCUCCUGCACUGUGACGAGGUUAGAACCAUAGAACUGUAUAAUCAGAAUGUGGAACAUUGUCUAUGUGGGAUAUCCGUUGUGUGGGAUUAACCAGUCAAGGGAUGACAGAUAUACUGCGUUUUCAGUGUGGGAUAAUCUUUAGGGAUCCUUGAGGUUAAAAGUAAGGUUAACAAAGUGUCUGUGAUCAAAAUCACUCAACUGAAACAGUCAUAAAACAGGUGUGUGCAAGCGUGUACAGUGUGUCUGUCGGUCUCUCUGUGUCUGCCUGUCUGUCUGUCUGUCUGCCUCCUUAGGGAAUAUGCUGCGGCCUGUCUUAGAUUUACUGAAUGAAAGAAAAAUCAUGUGAAUUUAAUCAGCACAUUCCUGGAUUUGGAGAGAUAGAAAGGAACCCAGAGGCAUGUAGGUCCUCUGAGGCAUAAGUGCAUUUGGCCACACACAUAUGCAGGCAUACACAGGCACAUUUUCAUUUUAGUUAUUUAGUAGACGCUCUUAUCCAGAGAGACUUACAGGAGCAAUUACAGUUAAGUGCCUUGCUCAAGGGCACAUUGUCAGAUGUUUCAUGUAGUCGGCUCGGGAUUCGAAAAAGCAACCUUUCAGUUACUGGCCCAAUACUCUUAACGCACCCACACACCCACACACACAAACACACACACAAUCGAUUACUGGAAUGGUAUGUUAGUGAUUAACUAUGGGUGCUCUUUAACAGAGAGAGCUCAGCAGAGGAGGGAGGAGGAAGAUAGGGAAAAAGCCAAGAGACCACCUGUAUUCAAAGAGCCCAAAAGUAAGUCAACUACUACCAUCCAAUUAAAAGAAAUUACUUUAUAAUCUCCAUGUCAUCUUCAUAUUCACAAUCUUUGUAAUCUGAUUAGUAUAAUACUUCAAUUUAUUUGAGAUAAUCGGUUUCCAGAAACUAUUAGCAUACCUUGUGUUUUCCAGUGUGGUUAUUAAUGUUUGUGAAGUGUGUGUGACUGAGAUGUUUUCCCCUUGGUGGCAGAGUGUCCUCCACUGGGUAUGGAGUCUCACAGGAUAGAAUCAGACCAGCUGCUGGCCUCCUCCAUGUCUCACUACCGCUAUAGCCAGGGCAGGGCACGACUCAACAUGCAGGUCACCCUCAUCCUCAAACUGUAACCUUAACCCAUACACACUUACAUUAAGCCUCACACAUGAACCCCAACCCUAAGGGUAACCCUUCACACAUUCACCCUAACCCUAAGGGUAACUCUUCACACAUUCACCCUAACCCUAAGGGUAACCCCUCACACAUUCACCCUAACCCUAAAGGUAACUCUUCACACAUUCACCCUAACCCUAAGGGUAACCACUCACACAUUCACCCUAACCCUAAGGGUAACCCCUCACACAUUCACCCUAACCCUAAGGGUAACCCCUCACACAUUCACCCUAACCCUAAGGGUAACCCCUCACACAUUCACCCUAACCCUAAAGGUAACUCUUCACACAUUAACCCUAACCCUAAGGGUAAACCCUCAUCCCCUAAUCUCCAAAACUGUAUGGUUUCCAGGCUUCGGAGGAUGAGGAAGAGGACAUGCGUGGUGGGGCGUGGUGUCCUAACCAAGAGGACAAGAUUCACUGGUUUGAGAUCGACGCUCGCAGAGCAACAGAGUUUACUGGAAUCAUAACACAAGGACGAGACUCACGCAAUGAGUAAGACACACACGUAAGCGCAUGUUUUAUCUUCAUAGAUUUAAUAAAAUGGUGACAAAACUUUGUGUGUGUCUUUGUGUUCCAGGAGUGACUUUGUGACAUCAUACUAUGUGCAAUUCAGUAAUGACAGCAGAGAAUGGACAACCAUGAAUGACGGUUACUCUGACUGGGUGAGUCUGUUAGCCUCACAGCUACACUGUUUCAAAUUAUGCUUUGCUCCCAGGGUUCACUCUAAUCCUCUCUUUAUGGGGCGCAAAUGUUUACUGUGUCUGGCCAUUAAGUCCUAUAUUUGUCUCUCUCUCUCUCUCUCUCUCUCUCCCCCCAUCUCUUUACCUCUUACCUCCUCUCUCUCUCUUCUCCUAUCUCUCUCUUGCUCUCUCUCUUCCUCUCGCUCUCUCGCUCUCUUCUCCUCUCUCUCUCUCCAGUUGUUCUUUGGUAACUCUGAUAAGGACACCCCAGUGCUGAAUCAGUUAGCUGAGCCCAUACUAGCUCGCUACAUCAGAGUCAUCCCUAAGAGCUGGAACGGCAGUUGCUGUAUGAGGCUAGAGGUGCUGGGAUGCCCACUGCCUGGUGAGUCACACACACACACAAACACACUCACAAAAAAAACUCACACAAACACACUCACACAAACACACUCACAUAUGUCUCCUCAGACCCCACCAGUGCUUACCAAAGGCUGCAGAAUGAGGUGACUCCAGUCCAGUACCUGGACUUCAGACAUCACAACUACUCAGAUAUGGUCACGGUGAGAUGGAACACUCCCAGUUAAGGUCAUGAGUACCACCUGCAUGAACUGGAUUCAGGUCUAAUGUGACAAAUGACUUCAACACUGUCUUGACACUUUGAUGAUUGGUUAAAAUCAGAUGUGUUUGGCUGUAACAAAGUCCUGCACAGACUGUAGGUCUCCAGAACCAGGGUUGGUGACCUCUGCUUUCCACUAUGUCUCUACUAUAGCUGAUGAAGUCUGUGUCUGAGGAGUGUCCCAACAUCACCAGUAUGUACAGCCUGGGCCGCAGCUCCAAUGGACUAGACAUCGUGGCCAUGGUGAUAUCAGGCAACCCCACAGAACACGAGAUAGGUGGGAGGAAACAGAUACUGUGUCUUUCACAGAAAGCUCUGUACUUGUGUCCUCUUUAGCAUGGAAAGACUAUGACGAUCUGUGUUUUUCCCCCUUAGGUGAGCCAGAGUUCCGCUACACGGCUGGUCUCCAUGGAAACGAGGCGACAGGGCGGGAGAUGGUUCUUCUUCUGAUGCAGUACCUUUGUAAGGAGUACAAAGACGGCAACCCCAGAGUGCGCCGCCUGGUGGAGGGAAUACGUACCCACCUGGUGCCCUCGCUGAAUCCUGACGGACAGGAGAAGGCCCUCACAGCGGUUAGUACUGGGCAUUAUACAGCGAAAUACCACCUGUACCUCCUUACUCUUCCAGUGUGCAAAUGUCUUCUUCUUUAAAGAAAAAUAAAGUUAGGUGCCAGACAGUUUCUGAUUUCGCCAACUUGCUGUCGUUGUAGGCAAAUAUUGUUGCAUGCAGGAACAGUCUGGCACCCAUCUUUAUUUUUCUUAAGAGAAGAUAUUUGAAACAAGACAAGACACAUUCAAGCAAAUCCUAAGACGUUCUGUAAGGACAUUCUGUAGGGUUCUCUCCAUAACAUUGUGUCCCGUUGCCACCACAGGGUUCAGAGCUGAGUGGUUGGACCACAGGCCACUGGACGGAGGACGGCCAUGACAUCUUCCACAACUUCCCUGACCUGAACAGUGUUCUGUGGGAGGCAGAGGACAAGGGUAUGGUGCCCAAACUGACCCCCAAUCAUCAUGUCAAGAUCCCUGCAGACACAGUGGGGGACGACAAGGUGUGUGAAGGGAGGGAGGGGAUUGGGGGAGGGUGGGAGGGAAGGAAGGAGGGUAUGAAGACAGGAGAGGAGGGAGAAAAAGGAAGAAAAUACAUGUAGAUGGUGCGAAGAGCAGAGACUGUACAAGCAAGUCCUCUUUCUCUGUCUAUCACCUCAACAUGACAGCUGCUGUUUGUUCUUCUUGUCCUGCAGAUAGCUGUGGAGACUCAAGCCAUCAUCUCGUGGAUGGAGAGCCACCCGUUCGUACUGGGGGCCAACUUCCAGGGAGGGGAGAGGGUAGUGGCCUACCCCUAUGACAAUCACCGCCUAACCAAGACCGCCAGCGCCAGCGAGAGAGACAGGGCACACAGCCGCAAGAAGAGACAGUACGAGGCGCUUACCCUCUCUUUUCCUCCCUCUCUUUUCUUCCUCUCUCCCUCUCUUUUUCUCUCUCUCUCUCUCUCUUCCUGCACUCUUGCUCUUUUUGGCAGAGCAAUAAUGAAACCAAAUAAACAAUCAACUAAAUCUAAAUCAUUCUUCUAGGUACGAGGACGAGUAUGACAGAGGGACAGAUUGGGAUAGGGGCUACGACCGUGAGGAGCCAGAGGAAGAUGAUAGGAACAGGGGACACCAGGAGCCAGAAGAGGACCGGUGGAACAGGAGAUACCAGCAGCCAGAAGAGGACCGGUGGAACAGGGGACACCAGGAGCCAGAAGAGGACCGGUGGAACAGGGGACACCAGCAGCCAGAAGAGGACCGGCGGAACAGGGGAUACCAGCAGCCGGAAGAGGACCGGUGGAACAGGGGAUACCAGCAGCCGGAAGAGGACCAGUGGAACAGGGGAUACCAGGAGCCAGAGGAGGAGUGGAGGGGGCAUGGCUAUGGUCACAGGGAAGAGGAAGAGGAGGAUGACAGAGGGAGGGGGGAACAUCAGGACGCAGAGCCUGAGGAUGAACCCAGGGCCACGGCAGACGCCUCCUUUUUCAGGUGUGUAGCCUGAAGUUAACCACAGGUAUAGAAUCAGAUUACCCUAACUUGAAUCCCAAAACAUCUGACUGUGUGUGUGUGUGUGUGUGUUUGUGUGUGUGUGUGGCCAUCAGGUGGUUGGCCAUCUCCUACGCCUCCACUCACCUGUCGAUGACAUACACUUCCCACGGCUCCUGUCACGGCGAUGACAUCACUGGCGGCGUCGGAAUCAUCAACCGCGCCAAGUGGAAGCCCGUCACAGGAAGUGAGGACACAGUCAAACCGACAACAUCCCAUUUAAUUAAAUCAAAUCAAAUGUUAUUGGUCACAUACACGUGUUUAGCAGAUGUUAUUGCGGGUGUAGCGAAAUGCUUGUGCUUCUAGCUCCAACAGUGCAGUAAUAUCUAACAAUUUCACAACAUAUACCCAAUAUACACAAAUCUGAGUAAGGAAUGGAAUUAAGAAUAUAUAUGGACUAAGAUACAGUAGAAUAGUAUAGAACACAGUAUAUACAUAUGAGAUGAGUAAUACAAGAUAUGUAAACAUUAUUAAAGUGGCUAGUGUUCCAUUUAUUAAAGUGGCCAGUGAUUUCUAGUUUAUGUCUAUAGGCAGCAGCCUCUAAUGUGCUAGUGAUAGCUAUUUAACAGUCUGAUGGCCUUGAGAUAGAAGCUGUUUUUCAGUCUCUCUUUGAUGCACCUGUACUGACCUCGCCUUCUGGAUGAUAGUGGGGUGAACAGGCAGUGGCUCGGGUGGUUGAUGUCCUUUAUGAUAUUUUUGGCCGGGUAAUUUGCCCCCGGUAAUGCGUUGGGCAGACCGCACCACCCUCUGGAGAGCCCUGCGGUUGCGGGCGGUGCAGUUACCAUACCAGGCGGUGAUACAGCCCAACAGGAUGCUCUCAAUUGUGCAUCUGAAAACGUUUGUGAGGGUUUUAGGUGCCAAGCAACAUUUCUUCAGCCUCCUGAGGUUGAAGAGGCUCAGUUCCACCUUCUUCACCACGCUGUCUGUAUGGGUGGACCAUUUCAGUUUGUCAGUGAUGUGUACGCCAAGGAACCUUAAGCUUUCCACCUUCUCCACUGCAGUCCCGUCGAUGUGGAUAGGGGGGUGCUCCCUCUGCUGUUUCCUGAAGUCCACGAUCAUCUCCUUUGUUUUGUUGAUGUUGAGUGAGAGGUUAUUUUCCUGGCACCACACUCCCAGAGCCCUCACCUCCUCUCGUCAUUGUUGGUAAUCAAGCCUACUACUGUUAUGUCGUCUGCAAACUUGAUGAUUGUGUUGGAGGCGUGCUUGGCCACGCAGUCAUGGGUAAACAGGGAGUACAGGAGGGGGCUGAGUAUGCACCCUUGUGGGGCCCCAGUGUUGAGGAUCAGCGAAGUGGAGGUGUUUCCUACCUUCACCACCUGGGGGCGGCCCAUCAGGAAGUCCAGGACCCAGUUGCACAGGCCGGGGUUCAGACCCAGGACCUCGAGCUUAAUGAUGAGCUUGGAGGGUACUAUGGUGUUGAAUGCUGAGCUAUAGUCAAUGAACAGCAUUCUUACAUAGGUAAUCCUCUUGUCCAGAUGGGAUAGGGCAGAGUGAUGGCGAUUGCAUCGUCUGUGGAUCUAUUGGGGCGGUAAGCAAAUUGAAGUGGGUCUAGGGUGGCAGGUAAGGUAGAGGUGAUAUGAUCCUUGACUAGUCUCUCAAAGCACUUCAUGAUGACAGAGGUAAGUGCUACGGGGCGAUAGUCAUUUAGUUCAGUGACCUUUGCUUUCUUGGGUACAGGGAGCAAUUUGUUAUGAUAGUCGACAUUAGUCGACAUUACAUUCAGUAGUUCAACUGUGUAAUGAAACAGUCAGUCAUCAGAGUAAAGUACCCACUUUUGAGGAUAACGCCACUCUCUGGUGGCCAAUAAUUUGCAUUGCAGACUGUCAUUACCUUUCUCUGUCUUUCCCUCAUCCCUUUCUCCUUCCAUCCCUCUUUCCAUCCCUCCCUCCACUUCCUCCCUUCCUAUCUCUCCCUCCUCCGUCCUCAGGUAUGAAUGACUUCAGCUACCUGCACACUAACUGUCUGGAGCUGUCAGUGUUCCUGGGCUGUGAUAAGUUCCCCCAUCAGAGUGAGCUGGUCAUCGAGUGGGAGAAGAACAGAGAGGCUAUGCUCACCUUCAUGGAGCAGGUAAUCACACACACACGUACGCACACACACCAACGCACAAUUUACCAAACACACCCAGUCAUGGAGUGGCUGUAUAGUGACCGUGAUCUUUUGACCCCUGAUUUUCACCUUACCUAGGUGCAUCGUGGGAUCAGGGGCGUGGUGAAAGACAAAGAGGGGAACCCCAUCGCUAAUGCCACAGUGUCUGUAGAGGGGGUCAACCAUGAUGUCACUACAGGUGGGUACAGUGUCUGUAGAGGGGGUCAACCAUGAUGUCACUACAGGUGGGUACAGUGUCUGUAGAGGGGGUCAACCAUGAUGUCACUACAAGUGGGUACAGUGUCUAUAGAGGGGUCAACCAUGAUGUCACUACAGGUGGGUACAGUGUCUGUAAAGGGGGUCAACCAUGAUGUCACUACAGGUGGGUACAGUGUCUGUAGAGGGGGUCAACCAUGAUGUCACUACAGAUGGGUACAGUGUCUAUAGAGGGGUCAACCAUGAUGUCACUACAGGUGGGUACAGUGUCUGUAAAGGGGGUCAACCAUAAUUGUCACUACAGGGGGGUACACUGUCUGCAGAGGGGGUCAACCAUGAUGUCACUACAGGUGGGUACAGUGUCUGCAGAGGGAGUCAACCAUGUCACUACAGGUGGGUACAGUGUCUGUAGAGGGGGUCAACCAUGAUGUCACUACAGCUGGCUGCCAUGCACCAUACUGCCCUCUGCAUGACCGCUCAACAAAUCAGUGUUGCCAUUUUGGCAGAUUCAUGAAACUUCAGGUGAUAAGAGCACUGUUGGUAACAGCCUGCUGUCCCUCCCCCCCUGAACAAACCAACAGUACUCCAGGAGCCUGCUAUCCUCAUUGAGUGUGCGGUCUAACCCAUCUCCUCUCUUCUCCCUCCACAGCUGUAACAGGGGACUACUGGCGCUUGUUGAACCCAGGUGAGUACCGUGUGACAGUGCGGGCAGAAGGCUUCACCCCCCUGACCAAGCUGUGUGUGGUGGGUUACGAGCCAGGGGCAACUACCUGCAGCUUUAACCUGGCCAAGUCCAACUGGGACCGCAUCAAACAGGUGGGGACUGUUACACCUACAAUUAUAAUAAGGUUACCUAUUAGCCCUUUGAGAGCCAAUAAGGCAUUAUAUAAAUGCUAUUUAUUCAUCACCAGAUCAUGGCCCUGCACGGCAACAAGCCCAUCCGCCUGCUCAGCCACGGCGGAACACGACGGAACACAGCCUCGAACGGUAACAGCCGUGUGUUGCAUAACAACGGCGCUGCCGCCAUUGAUCCUGAGAAGAGUCGCAUGCGCCAGCAAAAGCAGAGGCUCGCCCGCCUCCGUCGUCUACGACAACAGAAACUGAUGAGAUCGACAACGACUUUGCCCCCGACAACCACGCCGGUUCCCACGACAACAGAGGCGGAGCCCACCACUGCCUGGUACGACUCGUGGCUCAUAGGAGAGGGGCAAACAUCAGCGCCAGAAGGUUUCACAGACUCCAUCUUGGAUUACAACUACGAGUACAAGAUCGACGAUUACUAA